UUACAUCUGUAGGUUUUAGGGCUUGUGAGCAAAUAACCUCCUUUUCUCCCUCUGUCCUCGGUGCAUCAGCUCACCCGAAGGUUGCCUCCCAUCAAAGAAGCCAAGCCUCGGUUGCAGAAGCUCUUCCGGGACUUCUGGCUCUAUUCCGUGCUGAUGGGAUUUGCAGUGGAGGGCUCAGGACUCUGGCCAGAAGAAUGGUACGAGGGAGUCUGUGAAAUAGCCACCAAGUCGCCCCUGCUCACGUUUCCCAGCAAAGAACCACUGCGCUCCGUCCUCCAGUAUAACUCGGCCAUGAAAAACGACACAGUCACCCCCGCUGAACUGAGUGAGCUCCGCAGCACCAUCAUCAACCUGCUGGACCCUGCUCCCGAAGUGUCCGCCCUCAUCAACAAGCUGGACUUUGCCAUGUCCACCUAUCUCCUGUCCGUUUACCGGCUGGAAUAUAUGAGGGUACUGCGCUCAACAGAUCCUGACCGCUUCCAGGUAAUGUUCUGCUACUUUGAAGAUAAAGCUAUUCAGAAGGACAAGUCUGGGAUGAUGCAGUGUGUGAUUGCUGUCGCAGACAAAGUAUUUGAUGCCUUCCUGAACAUGAUGGCAGAUAAAGCUAAGACCAAGGAGAAUGAAGAGGAGCUCGAGCGGCACGCACAGUUUCUAUUGGUGAACUUCAACCACAUUCACAAGAGGAUACGGAGGGUGGCAGACAAGUAUCUGUCUGGUCUGGUGGAUAAGUUUCCCCACUUGCUCUGGAGCGGGACAGUGCUGAAGACCAUGCUGGACAUCCUCCAGACCCUGUCACUCUCGCUGAGUGCUGACAUUCACAAGGAUCAGCCUUACUACGACAUCCCUGAUGCCCCCUAUCGGAUCACUGUUCCUGACACCUGUGAAGCCCGGGAGAGCAUCGUGAAGGACUUUGCCGCGCGCUGUGGAAUGAUCCUACAGGAGGCGAUGAAGUGGGCACCUACAGUCACCAAGUCCCACUUACAGGUACUUUCUUGAAAUCACCAAAAAGCA